AUGGGACUCUGUAGAGGAGUCUCAAGGACCUCCUCAGAACUUAAACUGGUGCAGUGUGUGGAGACCACCGCAGACACUCUGGCAAACCCUGGUUUCCAAAGUGGGCUUCAAGGCACGCCUAGAAAUCCCAGUGGAAGAUGCGUAGUUUCCAUGGCACCAGAGAUGCUCCCCAAGCAUCCUCAGCUCCACAGGGAAAGGGGGCCCAGGGCAGAUGCCUCCCUUCAGGGCAAUCUGGCAGGAGAGCCCAUUCCUCAGCUUGCCUGCGCUUCCACGCAUCCUUUCUCGGAGAGGUUAAUAAAGGAUUUCUCCUCUCCUCCCUCCAGCCCACCCCGGGCGUUUCCAUAA